AAACCAUAAUUUUUUUCAAGUAUCACACUGUUCUUUGAAUUAAACAUAUGUUUAUCAUUCAACAACUGAUUGGAAAUGAAUUAACCUAAAUUGGAAGUCACAAUAGAAUGCAUACAGAAUUUCUGGUAAAUUUGGCAAAAAUUAUUUGUUUAUCAAAACACAAUUUUUGAAUUAUCACACAGUAAAUGAGAGCAUGAGAGGAGCUCUCUGUUUGAAAGCAUUUGUUUGAGUUUUUUUUCAAAUUCAAGUGCUCAAUUGAUAUAAUGUGAUGGAUGAAGAGGAUGAAUCAUCAUGCCUCGCGUCGGUUGGAAAUUUUUUCAGACGGAUUGGAGGAAAUAUGCGCCAUUUUAUGCAACGCAUUUUCAGGUCUGAACAAUCGGCAACCUUUGAAAUCGUACCGCCGAUGCAGUAUGGAAUUGUACGCACCCAGGGAGCUGCUUCAGCUGCGUCCUUCCGCGACGGAAGCCAGCCACCGACUGACGGCGAGCCGCCUCUUCCCUCUGCGCCAUGGCUUCCCCCCACUCCGCCCGCUCUGCCAUCCCCACCCUUCACCCAUCUGGGUGCGCGGAAGCGUCUGCGCAUCGCGCCCAAACCCACCUGCGACCUUGACACGCUCACCGAGCUACGGCAUGCGCUGGACUUUAUGCAGCAGAAAGUUCAAAAUGAAGAGAAGGAGAAAGAUGAUGUAGAUGAAGACAUGAGUGACCCUACAACCAAAUCUUUUGUGGAAGAGAUAGGCCAGCAAGAACCUGGUAGAGACGAGCAGAACUUGAGUCAUCAAGAGAAUUCUUGAUUUAUUAAAUGAAAAAUCAAGAACUAUUCAUUACAUGAAUAAAUCAUCAAGGCCUUUUUGUAACUCAACAAAUAUAUCAUUUUCAUAAAGUAGAUACAAUAAUAAAUAAUUUAAAAAUA